AUGUCAGUUAAACAUGGUAUUGAUAUAAAUUCAAAUAACAAUAAUAUAAAUACAAGUGACACUGGCUCAUCGCAACAGCCUAAACGAAGAAGGGUUACACGAGCUUGUGAUGAAUGUAGAAAGAAAAAAGUGAAAUGUGAUGGCCAACAGCCCUGUAUACAUUGUACUGUUUAUUCUUACAACUGUACUUAUAAUCAACCAUCAAAGAGAUCAAAUUCUAAUUUACAACACUUGAAGAAUAGCAGUGAGAACCUAGCAAAUAAAAAUGAGAACAUUCCAUCAAACAACAACCAUAAUGACAAUUACAACUACAAUAAUAAUAUUGAUAAUAUCCCUGUAACACUACAACCAAAUUCAUUUGCAAUGAAUUCAAAUUUUAAAAAUAAUAACUUAAAUAUGAUGCAUAACCAAAUUACAAGCUUAAAUAUAAUGAACAAAGAAAGUUUGGUAGACAAAAACAUUAAUAUGAUUUGGAAAUAUAAAAAAUUCUUAAAAACAAUAUUACCACAAUUGCCAGACUUAGAAUCUAUUGAUACUACAAUAUUCGGAACUAUGUUCUCAAAUAAAAAAGGUGAAUUUAUUUCAAAUUUGAACUCUACUAUUUUAGAAUAUAAUAAUUUAUCUGCAAAUUUAAACUUAAUGCCAUUAAUGACAAAUUCCCCACUUAUAGAUUCCAUGCCAAAUAAUUCAACAUAUCCUAUAUCAAGUCCUGGACAAAAAUUAAUGCUACCACCAUUAAAGGUUGCCUUGUUAUUUAUGAAAAAUUGUUGGGACUAUGGUUGUGUCGUAAUUAGAUUUUAUCAUAGACCAACUUUUAUUAAAAAAUUAAAUUCAUUAUACGAGACGUCUCCGGAGAACUUUACAGUAGAACAAUUUGAUUUUUUACCGUUAUUCUAUGCAACAAUGGCAGUAGGUGCCCUGUUUACUAGAAAUAUUUAUUCAUUGAAUCAAUUAAACUUCAAAGAAAAAUCAAAUGGGGAUAAUGUAAAUUCUAACUUUAAUGACAAUAAAUACAACGAUUCUAAUGAAAAUUUACAUAAUAACGAAGGUUUUAAUUUUAAUGAUAGGACUGCUAAUGAACAUACUCCAAAUGAGAUGAAUAUUUCAACACCAAACUCUACAUCAAACUUAGCAACUAAUCAAAAUUCUAAAACCCUGAAUGGAGGGAACAGAAAAACUAACAAACAAAAUUCGAGUUCAAAAUCAAAAUCAAAAUCAAAAUCAAAAUCAAAAUCAAAAAUAAAAUCAAAACCAAAUACAAAUGCAAAUGCAAAUUCAAAUGCAAAUUCAAAUGCAAAUGAAACUAAGGAACCUGAUGAAACUGCAUAUUUUCAAGAUGAAGGCUAUAAAUAUUUUGUCGCUGCAAGAAAUUUGAUAGAUAUAACUAACGCAAGAGAUCUAACUUCGAUUCAAACCAUCAUUAUGCUAUUCUUAUUUUUGCAAUUUUCGGCAAGGCUAUCUAAUUGUUAUUCAUAUAUUGGUAUUGCAUUAAGAAACGCAUUGAGAGAAGGUCUACAUAGAUUUGUCAAUCCAAAGAGUUCUAAUUUAAACCCUCUAGAUAUUGAAAUGAGAAAAAGGGUUUUUUACACAAUUUAUAAAUGUGACCUAUAUCUUAAUUCAAUGCUAGGGUUACCAAAAUCUUUAAGCUCUGCUGACUUUGAUCAGGUUUUACCAGUCGAACUUUCAGAUGAAAAUAUAACAGAAGAAGGGUAUUUUCCAGAUAAACAAAAUGGAGAGGUAUCAAGUGCGGCCAUAGCAAAUUAUCAUACCAAGCUUAUGUUGAUUUUGGCUGACAUCACUAAAGAAUUAUACCCUAAUAAGAAGUCAAAUAAUAUUGUAUCUCAUGAAACUGUCACACAAUUAGAAAUGCGUCUAGAAAACUGGAUACAAAGUUUGCCACAGCAAUUGAAACCAGGACCAAGUUCAGUAUCUGAUAAAAUGAUGAGUGGAAGAAGCCUUUUACAUUUGACCUUUUUACAAGUGCAAAUUAUUCUAUAUCGACCUUUCAUUCAUUACCUAUCUAAAAAUUUGGGAACUAAACCAGAUAAUUUAUCAUUGCAAAGGGCCAAAAACUCAAUUACUGUAUCCAGAACAGUGAUUCAUUUAGCCAAAGACAUGAUAUCGAAGGGUUUAUUAUCCGGAUCUUAUUGGUAUGGGAAUUAUACAUUAUUCUAUUCUGUUGCGGGCCUGUUGUACUACAUGCAUGAAGCUCAGCCAACGAAUAAAGAGGAGGCAAAGGAAUUUUAUGGGAUUUUACAAGAUGCUGAAAUAGGUAGAUCAAUAUUAGUUAAACUUAAGGAUUCGAGUUCUGCUGCCAAUAGAACAUAUAAUUUGUUAAAUAAACUGUUCGAGAGGUUAAACUCCAAAACAAUUAAGUUAACUUCGAUGAAUAAUUCUCAACAACAAAAUAUUCAGGUGGCACAAAAUAUCCAAAGUGCCUCACCUGAUGUUUACCAGAAUAAUAAUUCGAAUAUUCCGCUAAUGAAUAGUAACGAUUAUUAUAGGAAUAUGCCACAGCUAAAGCCUGCGGCAUUUACACCUUCACCAAUCCCUUCAGUUUCAAAUUUAUCUCCAGAAGAAAUUGUUACAUUAUUCAAAACUGCAACAAAUCAAAGUUCUCCAGAAUUAAACCCACCUUCCAUUAAGGAAAGUAAAAGUCCGAUUAUAAAAGAGGAAACUGCAGGCAUGAACAAUAUUUUUGUAUUUGAUCAAUCUUUGGUGAACAAUCAACAAGAGAUCAAUAACCCAUUGACGCAAACAAUAUCAAAUGCCUCUUCUAAAACUAAUUUUGUAAUUCCAGAAGACAGGCAAAAUCUAAUACAAACCCAGGAUCAAAUACAAGGUCAAAAUUCAAUACAACCACCAAUUGAUGGCUACAUGACUGAUAUAUUUAAUCAACUAGGUAUUAUGUUUUAUGAUAAAGUAGAACCAUCGGGUUCUGGUAAUGUUGGAAUAAACCAAAUGGGGAACAAUAAUUAG